AUGUGCAGCGCACUGGGCUUCACCUGCAACGUGUCUAUUGGACGGAUGGUCGCGGCGCGCGGCUCCGGCCCCGGGCACCGAUGCCCAGCCUCUCUGCUCGGAAAAGGGGGGAAACGGCUUAACCCGAGUCUGUGGCGCCUCCUGCUGGCCGGAUUGGGGAAGCGACGAGAAAGGGCGGCCGAGGGGUGGGGGAAGCGAGACAGGGCCCCUGGUGGGCGGCAGGGCCCCCAGCGGGUAAGCGUGUCCCCGAGGCGGGACUGCGGUUUGCAAUUUAAGAUCCUGGCUUGA